AUGGCGGCCAAGUCGGACGGCGGCGGCGGGGGCGCGGGGGUCGGCUUCGCCCAGCUGCACAACCUGGACGAGGCGGCGGCGGCCGCGGCGGGGGGCGGUGGCGACGGGGCGGACGAGCAGGGCGGCAGCAGCUCCCUGCACAUCUGCCACUGCUGCAACACCUCGUCGUGCUACUGGGGCUGCCGGAGCGCCUGCCUGCGGAGCCUGCUGGGGCGCGCCGGGGGCCGGGCCGGGGGCGGCGGCGGCGGGGGCACGGACCCGCUGGCCCCGGGCUCCUCCUCCGAGGGGCCGCCGCACUCCCCGGGGGGGCCCGGCGGGGGCGGGGGCGGCGGCGAGCGGCCGUGGCUGGACUGCCUGUGGAUCGUGCUGGCGCUGCUGGUGCUGCUGGGCGACGUGGGCACGGACCUGUGGCUGGCCCUGCACCACUACGGGCGGCGGGACUACGUGUGGUGCGGCCUGACCCUGGCCUUCGUGCUGCUGCCCUCCGUGCUGGUGCAGAUCCUCAGCUUCCGCUGGUUCGUGCAGGACUACACGGGCGGCGGGCUGGGCGCCGUGCAGGGCCUCAGCAGCCGCGGGCCGCCCAUGAUGGGCGCCGUCGGGCGCCGGCCGGGGGCCGCCGGCACCGCCACCCCGGGGGCCCAGCGCCUGUGCCGGCUCUCCGUCUGGAUCUGGCAGGCCGUCAUCCACCUGCUGCAGAUGGGACAGGUCUGGAGGUAUAUCCGAACCAUGUACCUGGGGAUCCAGAGCCAGAGGCGGAAGGAACACCAGCGGCGCUUCUACUGGGCUAUGAUGUACGAGUAUGCAGACGUAAACAUGCUGCGCCUCCUGGAGACUUUCCUGGAGAGCGCGCCCCAACUGGUGCUACAGCUCUGCAUAAUGAUCCAAAAGAACCGUGCAGAAACAUUACCAUGUGUGUCCUCUGUGGCGUCCCUGAUGUCCCUGGCUUGGGUGCUAGCCUCCUAUCACAAGCUUCUUCGGGACUCUAGGGAUGACAAGAAGAGUAUGAGCUACAGAGGGGCCCUCAUACAUCUCUUCUGGCGCCUCUUCACCAUCUCAUCCAGAGUUAUCUCUUUUGCCCUCUUUGCUUCCAUCUUCCAGCUCUACUUUGGGAUCUUUGUAGUGGUCCACUGGUGUGCCAUGGCUUUCUGGAUCAUCCAUGGUGGGACUGACUUCUGCAUGUCUAAGUGGGAGGAGAUCCUCUUCAACAUGGUGGUAGGGAUUGUGUACAUUUUCUGCUGGUUUAAUGUCAAGGAAGGGCGGACUCGAUACAGAAUGUUUGCAUAUUACACUGUAGUCUUGACAGAGAAUGCUGCCUUGACGCUCCUUUGGUAUUUUUACAGAGAUCCUACAACUACUGACUCAUAUGCCGUGCCAGCACUGUGUUGUGUCUUUCUUAGCUUUGCUGCUGGGAUAGCUUUGAUGCUCUUCUAUUAUGGUGUGCUGCAUCCCAUGGGGCCGAGAGCUAAGAUUUUUGCCAGCUCCUGUUGCGCCGAGCUGCUCUGGGGCAUUCCUUUGCCUCCUGAUGUUGAGCCCAUGGCUCCCGAAACCCCUGGGUACCGGGGGGCCCAGGCUACGCCUACCAGAGCGGUCACGGAGCAACAGGAGGAACUCACAGCUGACACUUGCUUGCCAGUUUUCCAGGUGAGAGCAAUGGUGCCAUCUACUCCAUCUGGGCGAGCCUACUACCCAGAAGGCCCUCUCAUUAAGAUUGACAUCCCAAGAAAGAGAUACCCUGCAUGGGAUGCCCAUUUUGUAGACAGGCGGUUAAGAAGAACUAUCAACAUUCUCCAGUACGUCACCCCCACAGCUGUAGGUAUUAGGUAUAGAGACGGACCUCUCUUGUAUGAGUUGCUACAAUAUGAGUCUUCACUUUAGAGCUCCUUUAAAAAAAAUAAAAGAGGGGAUCUUAUUUUUGUUUAUGGUAAACACAGAUCAUGAAACAAACACACACCUUCAGAUAAGCUUUCUUUCUGGCUGCUGUAUGUAUAAAAAAAAAGAUAAUCUCUAUGUUUUGUAAGUAAAAACAAAAAGAAAAACUUUUCUUUUGUUUUUUACACACAAGAAACAGUAUUUCAACUUCCACACCUAUGAUCCACAGGUGGAGAAGAGGCGUCUCCACGUCAGAGUUUUAUACCUUACACCAAGUGUAGAACAUUAUAUAUGGGAUUGGUGCUGAUUGAAAAAUAAAAACAAACAAACAAACAAACCUACAACUGCCUUAUGCCCUUAGGUGCUGAGUUUCAUUAAGUACUGUCACCUUUCUCAUGCAAAACUCUUGGGUGAUUUUAUGCCAGGAAAAAUAAAAAAACCUAAAUACAAAACUUAAAAAAAAAAAAAGAAAAAAAAACGAAACGAGAAAAGAACAACAAAAAAGAAACCUACAAAAGGUAUUGCUGCUCUUAUUGGAUAUAGGUGAACAAGAAAAACAUCUAAAGAUGAGAAAGCAAAGCAGAAAAGCCCGAAAAGAGUUUGAAUCUCAAAUGGUUGAAAGAGAAGAUCAGGGCUGUAACACAAUUUGGCAACAUGUUUAUAACAUAGCUUGGUCCCACCCAUGCGGGCCAGACCAAACCAUGUUAUAAAUGUAAUCCCCUGAUAAAAUUGUUUCCUUAGUGUAAAUGGGCCAUAUGUGAUGGUCAGCUGUACUCAGUUUGCACCAAAUUCACAAAAUAAUACCGUACCUGAUCUCACUCAUCACAGUUUUAUACAGUGUAACUCUACUGAUUUCAGUGGACUUACUCCUGAUUCGCCCUGAUGUGAGUGAGCCCAGAAAAAAGCCUUCCAUCUUGAUUUCUGGAAAAUAACGAAUCUGCGUUCUUUAAAUUAUACACCAAAAAUAUAAUACUAAAGUAGAUUUACAUAUAUCUAAUAAAAUAUUUCAGUAAUAAUAAAACUCAGCAUAGUAGCAAAAAGAAAGUCAAUUUAAAGGCACAAUACUUGAUCGGUGACUGGCAAAAUAAUUUGGCCUAUUGUAUCAUUUUAAGGCUGUGCAAAGGCGUACAUGUAUUAUUUGUAAUAUUGUGUAAGGCCUGAUAUAUCUCAUUCAGCGUGAGCCUUAAAGUGAUUGUAAAGCAUUCUUUGUUUUGUUUUUUUGUUUUUUUUUAAAGGAAAACAAAAAGAAAAUUAGGAUAAAAUCUUCAAACAGUAAUAACCUGUAACUGACGCUUUUCUAAAGAUGA